AUGCUCAAUUUGGGAAAAUUGUUUGGUGACAAAAGAGGUUUAGGAUAUAUAGUUGAGUCUUCGACACCUUCAUCAUUUGCGACAAUCUUUGUCAAAGAUGUGUCAACUCAAGAAGCUCCAAAAUUGGUUCAUGAUCUCAACUUGUGUUUUGAUUCUAUGAAUAUUGUUUCAAAGGGAAAGUUAUCUACUCCACAAUCCAAAUUUGUGCCUACUUGUCACCAUUGUGGUGUGAAAGGACACAUCCGACCUAGGUGUGAUAUUCUUAUGAUUGAGUCUCGAGUUACCAAAGAAAAUGAGUUUAAGAGUCAUGUGUCAUCUUGUAUGUGGCUAUAA